GGAGUCGACAGUGACAGGGGUGUCGGAGGAAAAUACCUCAAACACAACAGUCACUUCUACCACGGACAACGAGUUGAAAGAAACUUCUACACGUAAGAGCCAAGAGAACGAAGAACCAGAGAAAAGUAGUUGUUUAAAGAGACGGCGAGGAGGGGGUGGGAAGAAACAACUCCUUCCGGGAGAGCGGCAAAUUUCAGUGGGUCUAGGGUGUCCGGUAAGGUGGAGGUGAUAUGAACCUUAACUAGCCAAGAUUAAUUCACCUUUCAGCAGGACAAUAACCUAAAACAUAAGGCCAAAUCUACACUGGAGUUGCUUACCAAGAAGACAGUGAAUGUUCCUGAGUGGCCGAGUUACAGUUUUGACUUAAAUCUACUUUAAUAUCUAUGGCAAGACCUGAAAAUGGUUGACUAGCAAUGAUCACCAACCAAUUUGACAGAGCUUGAAGAAUUUCGAAAAGAAUAAUGAGCAAAUUUUGCACAAUCCAGGUGUGGAACACUCUUAGAGAGUUACCCAGAAAGACUCAAAGCUGUUAUCGCUGCUAAAGGUGCUUCUACAAAGUAUUGACUCAAGGGGUUGAAUACUUUUCUAAUCAAGAUAUAUUCACGUUUUAUUAGUCAUUACAAUGCAUCAUUUUUUUUAUUGUAUUUUUUACAAAUGUUAGAAUUGUUGUUCCACUUUGACAUUACAGUGUAUUUUGUGUAGAUCGUUGACAAAAAAUGACAAUGAAAUUCACUUUAAUCCCACUUUGUAACAACAAAAUGUGGAAAAAGUCAAUACUGUGAAUACUUUCAGAAGGCACUGUUUAUGUAACUUUUCAGGGUCAAGAGGACGAAGAUAAGGCUUUGAAACGGGCUACUAACGCACAGUGACGCCAUCGACAAGCGCCCGCAGUCCUAUUUUUUUUUAUUUCACCUUUAUUUAACCAGGUAAGCCAGUUGGCAACAAGUUCUCAUUUACAACUGCGACCUGGCCAAGAUAAAGCAAAGCAGUGCGAUAAAAAACAACAACACAGAGUUACAUAUGGGGUAAACAAAACAUAAAGUCAAAAAUACAACAGAAAAUAUGUAUACAGUGUGUGCAAAUGUAGCAAGAUACUGGGGUGCAAAUGAGCAAAGUAAAUAACAAUAUGGGGAUGAGGUAGUUGGGUGGGCUAAUUUCAGAUGGGCUGUGUACAGGUGCAGUGAUCAGUAAGCUGCUCUGACAACUGAUGCUUGAAGUUAGUGAGGGAGAUAAGAGUCUCCAGCUUCAGAGAUUUUUGCAGUUUGUUCCAGUCAUUGGCAGCAGAGAACUGGAAGGAAUGGCGGCCAAAGGAGGUGUUGGCUUUGGGGGUGACCAGUGAGAUAUAUACCUGCUGGAGCGCAUACCACGGGUGGGUGUUGCUAUGGUGACCAAUGAGCUAAGAUAAGGCGGGGAUUUGCCUAGCAGAGAUUUAUAGAUGGCCUGGAGCCAGUGGGUUUGGCGACGAAUAUGUAGUGAGGACCAGCCAACAAGAGCGUACAGGUCACAGUGGUGGGUAGUGUAUGGGGCUUUGGUGACAAAAUGGAUGGCAAUGUGAUAGACUACAUCCAAUUUGCUGCGUAGAGUGUUGGAGGCUAUUUUGUAAAUGACAUCGCCGAAGUCAAGGAUCGGUAGGAUUGUCAGUUUAACGAGGGCAUGUUUGGCAGCAUGAGUGAAGGAGGCUUUGUUGCGAAAUAGGAAGCCGAUUCUAGAUUUAAUUUUGGAUUGGAGAUGCUUAAUGUGAGUCUGGAAGGAUAGUUUACAGUCUAACCAGACACCUAGGUAUUUGUAGUUGUCCACAUACUCUAGGUCCUAUCGAAGGAAGACCGAUAUUUACACGGCUGCUUCAGUGAGAUGCAAGUGAGUAUUUUGAACACAGUUGUCACAGUAUUUUAUUUACGCGUAACCAGACAAACAGUGUUUUUAAAGAACUCCCUAGAGAAUACGAUCCUCUUUCUUUAAUGUAGUAUGUUAUUUCAAGAAAAAUGUAUCUGUUCAACAAAUCUCCAACAAACGCUUGAUAAUAGUACACUAUCACAUGCCAGACAUUGCAGUGCGCAAUUGACAAAUUAUAGAAAUGUAAUUUGGAAAGUGACUAAAGAACAUACACUUUACAACUCAGAGUUGUCUGGCACACGUUUGCAUCAACACAAUUUGACAGUAGUGUCGCAUACAAUGGAGUCUACAGUGACGGGGGUGUCGGAGGAAAAUACAUCAAACACAACAGUCACUUCUACCACGGACAACGAGUUGAAAGAAACUUCUAAACGUAAGAGCCAAGAGGACGAAGAACCAGAGAAAAGUAGUCGUUUAAAGAGACGACGAGGAGGGGGUGGGAAGAAACAACUCCGUCCGGGAGAGCAAUACAUUCCUCUCCCUCAAAAACGCAACCCCGGAGUGAGCUUUAGCAAAGAUACUUUUUAUGAAAUGACUUACUAUUUUGAAGGAGGUCUACGCAAAGUGCACUCAUACUACUUUGACUUCAACAUUUAUUGCAAGGGACGCUGGAUUGGGAAAAGUCUUCUUGAGGUUUUCAGCAGUGAAUUCUGAGCGAAGCCUUUGGAGUAUUACAUUAGGGCUUCCAAACUAGGACGCAUCCGACUCAACGAGAUACCAGUGGAUGACCUCACCAUAACACUCAGGGUAAGUUCUAGUCUGAUAAAUCAUGCUGUAAUACACAAUUAAUUGGUAUAUACAGCCUGAAACUAAUGCCUGCAAAAUCAUAUAAAUGUUCCUUACAAGCCAGAAUGUUGAAUAAAAUUAUAUUUAGACUUACUGUACCAGUUGUCUGUGUGAUUUGUCCUUUAGCUGCUAGAAAUUUGAGACAAUAUCCACCUCAAACUAUUGUUUACCCAACUUUUUAGACAGUAGGUAUGGUACGGUUCGGCACCAAGGUCAAGUUAGUUGCCAUGCCAUGACAAUGAAAAUUGUAUAUUCUGAAUCAGGGGAGGAUGGAGAACAAUCAACACUUUUCAGUGUUCAUUCAAAAAAUAGAAACCAAAUAAAAAAUGAAAAAUUCACACACCAAAAAUGUGUAAUUGUCGAAUUUUGCAGGCAUUAGUUUCAUGCUGUAUAUACAAAUUAAUUGUGUAUUACAGCCUGAUUGAACUUAACCUAGUAUGAUUCAUCUUUGUCUUCUCCCUGUCUAUGAAUAUGUUGGCUUGAGUCAGAUACAGCAGUCAAACUUUGAUCCUAUGUUUUUUGAGUCUGCAGAAAAAAUAUUGCCUCAGACUGGUCUUUUUCCCCUCAGAACAAUGGAAGGAACACAGUGCAUUGCCAUGAGCCACCUGUAGUCAGACGGCCCCUGGAGAUUCUGGAAGAUAACGGGGAGGUGUUGGUAGUUGACAAGCCAUCCUCGAUGCCAGUCCAUCCUUGCGGGCGCUUCCAUCACAACACGGUCAUCUUCAUCCUGGGAAAGAACCGGGCAUAUGUGGCCUUCAUACUGUGCACCGGCUGGAUCGCCUCACGUCUGGGGUGCUGCUCUUCACCCGCACUUUGGAAGUGUCCCAAAAACGUGUUGGUGUGAGAAAGACAGGUGAGACAUCCUCAGUCUACCUUAUGUUAGUGCAGUUUGCACCUUUCAAUUGAAAAGGGACAUUCAGAGUCAUAAACUGAUAAGACAUUUUUUAUUCACUUAUCCUGGAAAUCUGGUUACCAGUUUGGAUUGAAUAGGGCCUCAAGUAUAAUCUCUGUCAAACUGGGGUGAUGUGUAUGCGGCAGUGAAGUCAGGCGCAGGACACAGAGGAUCAGGAAUGACUACUUUACUUCCAGUAAUACGCACAAAAACAAAAGUCUCCAACACUAGAGGAGUAACACGCGGAGUGCGUAAAAUAACGAGCUAGCAAUGCCAAACAUACGACAGGACAAAAGGACAAUAACACACAAAGGCAAGCAUAAAACAAGGGAACUUAUAUGUUACAUAAUCAAUACAAAAUAAGAAACAGGUGUACAAACUAGACAACACAAGACACACACCGAAACAUCGAUCGGCAGUAGCUAGUACUCCGGGGACGACGAACGCCGAAGCCUGCCCGAGCAAGGAGGAGGAGCAGCCUCGGCGGCAUCCGUGACAAUCUCUCUAUGACUGAACAUAAAAUACACUUUGUCAAAGUUUGAUAUUAGUGACUGAUACAGUAUGUCAUCUUUUACAGCUGGAGAAGGAGUACGUCUGUCGAGUGGAGGGGGUUCCCAGAGGGCGAGAUAAUCUGUGAGGAGCCUAUCCUGGUGUUCUCCUUCAAGGUGGGACUGUACAGGGUGCAUCCUAAAAGCAAGGAAUGACGCACAGUCUUCCAAAGACUCAGCUGGAACGGCCACUCCAGUGUAGUGCGCUGCCUCCCUUUCACGGCCGCACUCACCAGAUCCGCGUCCACCUCCAGGCUACCCCAUCCUCAACGACCCCAUCUACGGUUCUUCUGCUUGGGGUCCCGACAGGGCGAAGGGUGGCCUGGUGGGCAUGAGCGACCACGACCUUCUCAAAGCGAUUCUGGAGGAACACCACUUGAAGGCGAAUCUUAAUCUCCUAGACAUCCCAGAUGAAGGAAUCGGACAGGUGAGCAAUGCGCGGUCUGACGUCAAUGGCAAAGAUGCUCAGACACCUCAGCCAGAGCUGCUGCCACAGGUUUGCAAUUCUGUUUCAAGAGACUGUAAACUGAAUGAUGUAGAACAGAGUGCAAAUCAGGUCCACAGCAGUCCAGCCACACCUGGAGCAUUACCUAGACCAUCUGAAGAAAAUGGGGAUCAAACAAAGUCCACAGAAUCUUCUCACUCAGCUUCUACAAACACGAGAGACCCUCUAUGCAGUGAGUGUAAGAUUGUGCGUCCAGACCCCAUUGAGAAGGAGCUCAUCAUGUACAGUGAGGGAAAAAAGUAUUUUAUCCCCUGCUGAUUUUGUACUUUUGCCCACUGACAAAUAAAUGAUCAGUCUAUAAUUUUAAUGGUAGGUUUAUUUGAACAGUGAGAGACAGAAUAACAACAACAAAAUCCAGAAAAACGCAUGUCAAAAAUGUUAUAAAUUGAUUUGCAUUUUAAUGAGGGAAAUAAGUAUUUGACCCCUCUGCAAAACAUGACUUAGUACUUGGUGGAAAAACCCUUGUUGGCAAUCACAGAGGUCAGACGUUUCUUGUAGUUGGCCACCAGGUUUGCACACAUCUCAGGAGGGAUUUUGUCCCACUCCUCUUUGCAGAUCUUCUCCAAGUCAUUAAGGUUUCGAGGCUGACGUUUGGCAACUCGAACCUUCAGCUCCCUCCACAGAUUUUCUAUGGGAUUAAGGUCUGGAGACUGGCUAGGCCACUCCAGGACCUUAAUGUGCUUCUUCUUGAGCCACUCCUUUGUUGCCUUGGCCGUGUGUUUUGGGUCAUGCUGGAAUACCCAUCCAAGACCCAUUUUCAAUGCCCUGGCUGAGGGAAGGAGGUUUUCACCCAAGAUUUGACGGUACAUGGCCCCGUCCAUCGUCCCUUUGACGCAGUGAAGUUGUUCUGUCCCCUUAGCAGAAAAACACCCCCAAAGCAUAAUAUUUCCACCUCCAUGUUUGAUGGUGGGGAUGGUGUUCUUGGGGUGAUAGGCAGCAUUCCUCCUCCUCCAAACACGGCGAGUUGAGUUGAUGCCAAAAGCUCAAUUUUGGUCUCAUCUGACCACAACACUUUCACCCAGUUCUCCUCUGAAUCAUUCAGAUGUUCAUUGGCAAACUUCAGACGGGCAUGUAUAUGUGCUUUCUUGAGCAGGGGGACCUUGCAGGCACUGCAGGAUUUCAGUCCUUCACGGUGUAGUGUGUUACCAAUUGUUUUCUUGGUGACUAUGGUCCCAGCUGCCUUGAGAUCAUUGACAAGAUCAUCCCGUGUAGUUCUGGGCUGAUUCCUCACUGUUCUCAUGAUCAUUGCAACUCCACGAGGUGAGAUCUUGCAUGGAGCCCCAGGCCGAGGGAGAUUGACAGUUAUUUAGUGUUUCUUCCAUUUGCGAAUAAUCGCACCAACUGUUGUCACCUUCUCACCAAGCUGCUUGGCGAUGGUCUUGUAGCCCAUUCCAGCCUUGUGUAGGUCUGCAAUCUUGUCCCUGACAUCCUUGGAGAGCUCUUUGGUCUUGGCCAUGGUGGAGAGUUUGUAAUCUGAUUGAUUGCUUCUUUGGACAGGUGUCUUUUAUACAGGUAACAAGCUGAGAUUAGGAGCACUCCCCUUAAGAGUGUGCUCCUAAUCUCAGCUCGUUACCUGUAUAAAAGGCACCUGGGAGCCAUAAAUCAACAGAAGUGCAGAUAAUGUACUAUACAAAGAGUCUAGAACGUGACCAAUAGGAUUCAAAGCUUCACAAAAGUGAACGUUUUGGACUUUGGACACUUGGUUAACCAAGCUCUGUUGUUAAAGGCCCAGUGCAGUGAAAAUUCAUUUUUUCCUGUUUUAUAACAUAUUGUACAACAGCUGAUGAAACUAACACUGUAAGCAUGUAAAAAUGUAAUUAAAUUGUAGUAUCUUCAUGACCUUGAAUAAAACAAACCAUUCAGUAAAAAUACACUUUUUUGCUUUCGACCGUGUGAAAAUUAAUAUGUACUUUAUUUACAUUUACAUCAUUUAGCAGACGCUAAAUUAUGUAAAUAGUUAUGCACGCUCAAGUUUUCUGUUUUUUUGGUCUUAUUUGUUGUUGUUUCACAAAAAAAAUAUAUUUUGCAUUUUCAAAGUGGUAGGCAUGUUGUAUAAAUCAAAUGAUACAAACCCCCCAAAAAAUCCAUUUUAAUUCCAGGUUGUAAGGCAACAAAAUAGGAAAAAAAUGCCAAGGGGGUGAAUACUUUUGCAAGCCACUGUAUGUUUUAAAAAUAACAUUAAUAAGACUGCAUUUGGGCUUUAAUAGUUGUUUCAACCUUUCAGUUUUCUCUGCUCUUAAAAAGCCGAAAGUUAGGUUAUUUCAUUCUCUAAGGCAGGUUAUUUCAAAAGCUCAUCCAAGACUUAAUGAUCACAGAAUCAGUUGUCAAAAGGAAAUCCUUUUGGAUGAGACAACUUCAAAAUAACCCUGCUUGUAGGCACAUUUGACAAUUUCUUGUUAAGGUCAUUGCAUCAAACCACAAUCAACCCUUCGUAAUUAAAACAUCAAUAAAUGAUUCUGGGUUGUAUUCGAUACACCACAUUUUGGACCAAAAACACAUAUCUGAAACCAUUUUUGCCAGUAAUAUAAAGGAUAUCCCUUUCACACAGAACACAUACAUUUACAUUUUCUUCAUGGAAAAAGGAUUGUUGCAAAGAUUUGGCACAUGCUGCACAUUGUACACCAUUAUCCAUAUACUGCAGAUAUUCCGUCGAGGCAAACAUAUAUUUCAACUGAUGUUCCAGCUGGUUGUGCAAUGUUGUAAAGGCUGUUUGAUCUGCUGAUGCUAUUUAAAUUUUUUAAUACCUAGUCAAGCUUAAGUAGAGAUUGUAUUACUCUACACUGAAUCUUAACCACAGCACUGUGCAAACAAAUUAUCUACAAGUCAUGUUUAAUAUAUGAAUGAGCCCCAUAAUGAUGGAUGAAGCCACAGGCCAGUAAAAUCCCCCUUUGUCAAAUUCAGGCCUGCCAAUAAAUGAGCAAGACAUUCCUUUUUCAUUAUCGAAAGGACAAUGCUCAAAUAUAGCUCUGUACCUGCAAGUCUGCAACAGUGCUGUUCAGGUCCCCUAAAUAAUUAAUACACACAGAAUUGUCUUAACAGUUACCAAAUGAAUGUUACAUUUCUUGGCAUUGACAUUGAACAACAGCAAUGAGUGGUACGUUCUGACAUUAAAAUGGUUAGAAAAUGUAUAUGAUAUAACACAAUCUCUGAACUACUUUUAGUGAUGUGAAUUACAUCACUUUGUACCAUGUUAAGAUAAAGUGAGGUGUGCCUCUUGUUUGGUGGUGUUUGCCUCUAAUAGCAUGGCACAAGCAUUGCGUUCAAACAAAAGAGCACCUUCUCUCACAUCUAAAAUGUAUUUGGAAAUUAUUCAAUUUGUUCAAUUUACAUUAUUGUCCAAUAGUUUAUUCAGAUUAUGGAUAUAAAUCAGGGUGGUUCAGGCCAAGACAAAAAUGCCAGUGAUUAUCCAAGUUCCAGUGUCUGUCUGGCUGUCAAUUUUCAACAUUUCUAAAUCCAUUAUGAAGAAUAUUUGUCACAACAUAACAUUCCGCAUGAAGCAGUAUCUGCAUUAACUAGACCUGUUUAUGAUAAUACUUUAUCAAAGGAUAGUUUCUGAUUGAGCGAAUGAAGCUGCCUGACGAUGAACUGAAAACUUUUGCAUGCUUAGAUUAUUUUGAAAUCCCAUUCAGUUUGUAUCUUCCCUUGGCCCAUCUCGUUUGAUCCAUACAUCAGGCAAAUCUGGUUUACUGUUUGGCAACAUGACUGGUCCUUCACUCAGGCUUGUAUGACCCCUCCCACAUCCGGGAGAGACUGUCUCAUAGGUGAUCUCUCUCAGGGAGAGGCGUAAGGUGUCUCUCUUUCCGUUAAGGUGCCCUGGUUGUGGUUCAAGUUCUCCCUCUGCUUCAAUAGAUAUCUGUUGGUUUGAGGGUCCAGGUUCAGCGUCACUCAGGCAAGUCUCAUUGGAAUCCUCUAGUGCGUCAAAUGAACUCUGAGUUGACAGUAGGCGUUUGUGGGAGUGAUGCUCAAAUGGACUAUUGGGGGCCUCAUCCUUUGAGAGGGAUGGCUGGUAAAUUGUUUCUAUUGUUUGACUAAUGAUGGUUUCCUCAAUGCUUGAGGAAGAGGACAGCGAUACGUUCCAGUGCUUGAUGCCAGCAGACUGUCCUCUGCACAUCUUGCACAAUAGCUUUUCAUUAGCCAGGUCACCCGGAGGAGCAACUACUGGCCCUAGGGUGUUCUCUUUGUAUGGGGAAGAGGUCUGCAAAGCCGGGGGUGGGUGACAGCCUUUGUGGUGCCUACCACAGAUCUCUUCACUAUCUGCCUCAAUGUUGCUCCUCUCCACAUCUCUCCUGGGACUCAGCCCACCGAACUGGAUGUCAUCCGAGAGAAC